GCCAUAAAUCUUAAAUAUAUAGAUGAAACAAAAUAGCAAGAAGAGCAGACAUUAAUUAGGGUUAAGAGUAAAAAAGAAGGAAACAGGGAAUAAGAAAUGAGAAGCGCCAUGAAAAGAGUCAGGAAGGAAGAGACGAUCGGGAACAAUGGACAAUGUUCUAAGAAACAAGACGAAAGCCAUAAAAAAGAUCCGUUUUCGAUUCUUCCUCUGGAUCUGAUAGUAGAGAUUCUCUUCAAAUUGCCAGCUGCCAAAUCCAUAGCCAGGCUCGUCUUCGUUUCAAAACUCUGGUCAUCGAUAAUCCGUGGCAAAGACUUUACCAAGCUGUACUUGACUCGAUCUUUCACUCGGCCGCGCCUUCUUUUCGUAGUCUUCCUUAACUACAUGCCGACGCAGUUCUUACAAUCCUUCUCCCAAGAAGAUCCAUCUUCUGAUCCUCAUCAUAGGUUACCUGAGGAUAUCCAAUGCCUAGUGAACUACAAUGGAAAGAUAGCUUUAGCGAGUCAUUCUAAAUUAGAUUUAGUUGUUGAUGAGAAUCUUUAUUUCAAGGUCAGGGGUACACUUAUUAGUACCGGGGAGCUUAUAUUUACACCGACUCGUCCAGUUAGACCGUUCUAUUUUAUCAGUUUCGAUCUCAAGGAAAACAAUGCCAAAAAAGUUGUGGUUGAAGGAAUUGGAGAUAACUUUCCUAGUCUCGAAUUCUAUUUCGAUCAUGUGGAGAGUCCUAUGGUUCUGUCAAAUGUAAGUUAAUCAUUUGGUGUUACCUUUCAUUUAAGAUCUCGGACAAUAGUAGUUUUCUGUGGAACUGGCUGACAAGCUUUGAUUUUCUUAUUUGAUUCGCAUUUGAAGAGGAAUAAGAAUUUAAUUUUGUGUUGUCUAGUUUGAUCUUUAUCAUCAUUUGGUUUCCUUUAUUUUUUGAAGCUUUCAUUCCAUAAAGAAUGUUACAUGUAAUAAUGUAUGGGUUAUAUAUCCCUCGGAUAUUGGUCAAUAUAUGGUUUUGUAUGUU